CCAACAAAACUAUCAGCGCAGAUACAAACAUGGCGCCUACCUCCGCCGACAACUUCAGAUGAAAGUGUCUGCGAAGAAGAAGUAGCCAGCAAAGUUACGCAGGAGUGUUUCGAAGUGGCUUUUUUUUUUUUUUUAAUUAGACUCGCGCGCCGUUCCGGUUUAUCUCGCUUUGCAAAGAUAAAAAAAAACAAAAAAACAAAAACAAACACGGAAUAUAUUAAGCGGUAAAACAGCAAGUUGCCUUCAUGUCAACAUUGUCCCUCGCUGCAGUGUAAACAGCUGGUGCUUUAUCACCCCGAGGUGGAGGCGAUGGUGACGAGUUAUAACCGGGUAAUAACCGAUGGGGCUUGUGGAGUGUCAAAAAUGCAGGAAUUGCUCGGCCGGGAUACUCGGAGCCGUUGCCACGUGGAAACACGGAGGGAAAUCUCUUCCUUGACCUUGGCUUGGCCUGACAGGCGCUGGAAAAGGGGAGUGGAGUAAACGUUUCCUCCUACUAACCGCUUCAAGCUGCAGGUACACCCAGCCAUGAUUGAGGAUAAGGGUCACCGCGUGACAGACUACUUUGUGGUGGCCGGGCUGACAGACAAGUCCACACCUCUAGAGCAGGACCUGUCGGAUACCAAGUCCAGCGGGCCCAAAGCUCCCAUCACCGACUUGGCCGUCAUCAACAAGUCGGCAGGAGAAACCGUUCCUGAGGGCUUCACUUGCAUCGACAGCACCUACAGCGGCCAGCCAGCAAACCUUAAUCAUGGCAGUCUUAAGAGCCCCGAGCUCUUCCUGUGCUACAAGAGGGGCCGGGGGAAGUCUCCGCUUAUUGACAUUGGGGUGCUGUACGAAGGUAAGGAGCGCCUGAUCCAGGGCUGCGAGGUCAUCCAGGCGACGCCUUACGGCCGCUGCGCCAACGUCAACAACAGCUCCGCCACCUCCCAGCGCAUCUUCAUCACCUUCCGCCGAGCGCCACCUGUGCAGCCUCAGAACUCGCUGGCUGUGACGGACAUUUGCGUCAUCGUCACCAGCAAAGGGGAGACGCCACCGCACACGUUCUGCAAAGUGGACAAGAACCUCAACUGUGGCAUGUGGGGCUCUAAUGUGUUCCUGUGCUACAAGAAAUCAGUGUCUGCGUCUAAUUCCAUCAGUUACAAAGCUGGUCUGAUCUUUCGUUACCCCGAAGAAGACUAUGAAUCUUUUCCUUUGUCGGAGUCUGUGCCUCUGUUCUGUUUGCCCAUGGGUGCCAAUAUCGAGUGUUGGGCACCGAACACUCGUGACCCUCUGCCCGUCUUCUCCACGUUUGUCUUAACUGUCUCCUCAGGUGAAAAGGUGUACGGCUCAGCUAUCCAGUUCUACGAGCCGUACUCGGUGGAUCUGUUGAGCGAGAAGCAAAAGAUCCAGCUGGGCCUGCUCACCACGGUGGAGAAGAAGAUGAUCCCCAACCGGCCUGUGAACACCAAUAAAUGCAUCUGUCUGCUCUCCCGCUGGCCCUUCUUUGAGUCCUUCCGCAAGUUCCUCAUGUUCCUCUACAAGCUCUCCGUCUCAGGCCCCCAUCCACUGCCUAUUGAAAAGCACAUCUCGCACUUCAUGCACAAUGUGUCGUUUCCUUCUCCUCAAAGACCCAGAAUCUUGGUGCAGCUCUCAGCACAUGACACUUUGAUCCUCUCCCAGCCCGUCUGCACGCCCUUACCCCUCAGUGGGGCAGACUAUGGCACUCUGCUGAUGAAUCUGGGCUCGGAGAACUGCGCCACACUGCUGCACUUUGUCCUGCUGGAGAGCAAGAUCCUGCUGCACUCGCUCCGGCCCGCUGUGCUCACCGGAGUGGCCGAGGCCGUGGUGGCUAUGAUUUUCCCGUUCCAGUGGCAGUGUCCCUACAUCCCCCUGUGCCCCCUCUCUCUAGCAGGCGUCCUCAACGCGCCGUGUCCGUUCAUAGUGGGUGUGGACUCCCGCUACUUUGACCUUUACGACCCACCGCCAGAUGUUGUGUGUGUGGACCUGGACACCAACACUAUCUACCUGUCUGACGAGAAGAGACACAGCAACUGGAAGAACCUCCCAAAGAAGCCCUGCAAGAGUCUCAUUAACUCACUAAGCAACUUGCACCACCAGCUGGCCACUGUUUCAGUUCGUCAAACAGCACAGGAGAGCUCGGCGGUGGACAUGACCCCCAUCGAGGCGGACUUCACCUGGCACAAGAAAAAGACGUCCCUGGAGAUGGAAAUCCAAGAGGCCUUCCUCCGUUUCAUGGCCUCCAUCUUGAAGGGCUACCGCUCCUACCUCAAACCCAUCACCCAGGCGCCCUCUGAGAAGGCCACGGCUGCAGACUCCCUCUACGACCUGCAGGGGUUUCUCAAAAGCAGGGACCGGGCCCACCAGAAGUUCUACUCCCAGCUCACCAAGACUCAGAUAUUUAUCCGCUUCAUCGAGGAGUGCACCUUCGUCAGCGACAAGGACACGGGUCUGGCCUUUUUUGACGAUUGCGUCGAGAAGCUUUUUCCCUCUGAUAAAAUCACCGACAAGGGCACCAAGGUUGAAGGAGAAUCAUCUGAGGAUACAAGACUACUAGAGUUGGAUGAGUCUCAAAAGAGUGAGCACACGGUCUUUGUCAUGCCUCCUGAACCUCCGGUUGGUGAUGGAACUGAACCCACUCCUCAAUACACGUAUAAAGGUUUCCCCAGGCUGCAUGGAAAUCUGUUUGACCGUCCUAAAGAGUUGCGUCCAGCGAUUAGUACCAGAGCAGCAGGGGCUAGUCUUUCCAGCAGCCCUGCGCUACUCGCUAAGAGGACAAAGCAGGAAAUCAAGCUAGCUUACAAGAUGGCAAAACGUUUUUACUCCAAUCCACCGCUAUGGGCCCGCUGUCUGUUCAGCCACUGCUACAGUAUGUGGUUCAUCUGCCUGCCAGCGGCUGUGAGGCUGGCUAAGUCUAAGACCCGGGCCAUGCAACAGGGCUACAACGUCCUGUUGAAGAUGAGGACCACUGAGGUGGAGGUGCUGGAUGAGGUGUGUUACAGAGUGGUGAUGCAGCUCUGCGGUGUGUGGGGUCUUCCCGUUAUGGCUGUGAGAGUCCUGGUUGAGAUGAAGAAAGCUGGCGUUCAUCCCAACGCUAUCACAUAUGGAUACUACAAUAAGGCCGUGUUAGAGAGUCCGUGGCCAAGCCGGAACCGGAGCGGCCUCUUCAUGUGGACCAAGUUGCGUAACGUGCUUCGUGGCGUGACCCAGUUCAAGCAUGCUCCAAACCGCUCAUUGUCCAAGAAGAAUGGAUCCGCUCUGGCAACCACAGCUGCAUCAGUAGGCGGGUCAGCAGUCACUGAUGCCGACCGACUGAGUCACGGAAGUGCUGACAGCUCGAGCGAGGUCAACGGAGAGGAACAUAAUCUGUUUGCCCCCGGCCACGACACAGGAGACGGAACAGACAGCAACACAGGACGACAGUCUGAUCAAGGCUACGGCUCCAAGGAUGAGUUGCAUCAGGAACUGGUUGAUGCUUCACAUACAGCCGUGCCUUCAGCUGAUGAGAGGAGCAACGCCAAAGCACAGCAUAAUGGAGGUGACAUUGCGGUGGCAGCGGCAGAGCCCUCCAGUCCUGUCACUGUGCUUCCGUCUGUACCCAGUAUUGUUAAACUGUCCACAGGGAGCUUCGAUGGCAGCAGGGAAACUGGUACAGGACAGCUCUUCAGGAGACACAGUCAGAACGACACCGUUUCACUAUCUGAUGAGGACCCUUCGCUACCGUCCGUGGAUGUAGCGAACCAGCCUCAAGCGCAGCGGCAGAAGUCCUUUUCCGAGCGCAGCUGUAGCUUCAGCGCUGAAACCCGCGCGGGAAUGCUCCUGGAGAAAGGCGUGGACCACAUGGCCAGCAGAAUGGGCGCAGACGCUCGCAUUCUCGCGGCGUGUCUCUCUGCAGGUCCAAGUCCACCCCCUAACAGUGCGUCCAAAGCACUUUUUAAAGACCUGGAGGAGGAGCCUGAGGAUGAUCAGGGCUUGACGCUUAGGACGCUGCCAGAGGAAGAGGACCCAAGAGCCGCAGACGAAACCAAGGGAGAUGAUAAAGAGGUGAAAGGCACUGAGGUUAAUAUGGAGAAGCGGGAGAGGAAGCACACUGAGACACAGGACGAUGAGUCGGGAGCGCGUGGAGCGAUCUUGGAGAGGGCAGACGUGGAGGCGGGCGCUGACCCACUUUCCCUCCUGGUGUCAGAGACGGAGGAGUCGGCCUCUGUCACGAGCCAGGAGCCGCCACGUGCCGUUCCUCCUGUGGUGUCCCGUAACCUGGCCGAAGAGAUCGAAAUGUACAUGAGCCUGAGAAGUCCGAUGGGGCCUAAAUCCUCCAGCAUGGAGCUCCAGCAGUCCCAGGGAGACUCCACCGACGCCCCUCAGCCCAAACAGUCUCUAGAGCGGAGGUCCAGCCUCCCCGUCCCUCCUAUCAAAACUCCAACUAGCUCACCCGGAGACACGCCCAAGCGCAGCCCCAACACUGUUACUCGUUCCAAGACUUUUGCGGUAAAGUCAAAGACGUCUGCGAGCACUACAGCGAGCCCAGGUCCUAGAUCAUCCUCACUGACGGCGCUGGUCAAGUCCUCCCAAGGAGGAUCUCUAGGCUCCGUCAUUAACUCCAUUUCAGGCAUCAAAAUGGACACGCUCUUAUCGGGGCCUAAAAUUGACGUGCUUAAGUCGAGCAUGAAGCAGGCGGCAAACGUGGCCAGCAAAGUUUGGGGGGCAGUAGCAAAUGCUUACGCUUACUCAGACGACGAGGAUGAACAAACUCAGGGCGGCGGUGGCUUCCCAGCCCGUCUGGAUGAAAACAUGCUGUCUUCACACGACAUUGAUGAGAGUCCUGACAGGCGGGGCAUCCCUGGACUGGUGGCGAAUGGUCUAAACCAAAGCUGCACCAGCUUAGGUAGCAGCAGUGGCAGCAGCGACACAGGCAGAGGGACCCACCAGACACACCUAACUCCAGGUCGAGCCGGCAGGGGUCUCGACUCUGAGCCAAACUCCUCACACCACGCUUCGUCCUCGAGCAUCUACCAGAACUGCGCGCUGGAGGUGCUGAUGUCCAGCUGCUCCCAGUGCCGCUCCUGUGAGGCUCUGGUGUACGACGAGGAGAUCAUGGCGGGUUGGACAGCUGAUGAUUCCAACCUGAAUACCAACUGUCCCUUCUGUCGCACAGCUUUUCUCCCCUUAUUGCACAUCGAGUUUCACGACUUACGCACAACGACCGGGUUUUACAUGAAUCCCAGUGCCUCGGGAGAUAGUAUCCACAGCACCAGUACUCAGCCCGCAGCUAGCAGCUCAGCUGACAUUAAAGCACCAGACCUUAUCACUUUCCCAGAGGAGGAACCUAGCGAGACUCCAGAUAAUCAUCCCGGAACACAGAAGAGCCUGGUUCCAGAGCCGGUGCAGUCGGACCCCCUGGGUCUCCUGGAGCACCAGGCAGCAGGGAAGCAGCAGAGAUGUAGUGGGACUUCACUGACACGCAGCAACAGCGUUGGAGGACCUCUGCAGAGCCUGGACUACUCCCAGAGACCUGGACAUGGCAUCUCCACCACCAGCCUGCCCUGUAGCCUGCAAGAGGUGUCGGAUGGCAUGGGAGCGAAACGCCCAAAUCCCAAGCCUGUGUCUGUGCCCUAUCUCAGCCCCUUGGUCCUGCGCAAGGAGCUGGAGACCCUUCUGGAGAAUGAGGGAGAUCAGGUGAUCUACACCCACAAGUUCCUUAGCCAGCAUCCCAUCAUUUUCUGGAACCUGGUGUGGUAUUUCCGCCGCCUGGACCUGCCCACUCACCUGCCCGGUCUCAUUCUUACCUCUGAACACUGCAACAAUGGAGUACAGCUGCCCCUGACGUCCCUGACUCAGGACAGUAAGCAGGUUUACGUCCAGCUCCUGUGGGACAACAUCAACCUGCACCAAGAACCCGGAAAACCCCUUUAUCUGCUCUGGAGGAGUUUGUGGGAAAAGAAGGGGACCUUGGCUCCAACAGACCACCAGGAUAUUCGAACCCUCCUCAACACGAUUGUCCGCAACAUCCAGACCAACGACGUGUACGGGCCGAUCAACCUGCUGAUCAGAGAGAUUAAACAGCGCCCGGAGGGGUUCAAACGACAGAGGAGUAUCUAUAGAGAGAUUCUGUUUCUUUCUUUGGUGGCCUUGGGACGGGAGAACAUCGACGUAGAGGCCUUCGACCGAGAGUACCGCCAGGCUUAUGACGAACUGAGCGCGGAGCAGCUCAAGUCUUUGCACCGGAUGGAUCGCCCGCCCACCCCCAGCGUCCAGUGGUGCCUCAAAUGUUUCGGAGCGCCCUUCAUCUGAGCACCGCCACCUCGUGCUGGGAAAAAAAAAAAAAACAAAAACAAAAAAAAGCUGCUCAUGUGGAUCCGCAGGCUGCGAGACAAGUGAACUUCUUUUAAAACCUCCAUUCGGCCCUAAACAUGGUACCUAGUCCCCCCCCCCCCCCCCACCUUGGAAGAUGCCCAUUUCCUGCUUCUUCUUCUUUAUUUUUUUAUUUCUAUUUUUAACCUUAACAUGCGUUUCCAUGCAGCCGCCUCCAGGUGGGACUACUUUUGUAAAGUGCUUGGAAAGCUGCAGCCUAGUUGAGCUGUCUUUACAGAUGGUGUAUAGAAUGAGUUAUCACUGUACAGAAUGUAUUGACCCCCCCCGCCCUCCUCGUGGUGUAGACAUAUGUUGGUGUGAGUUCUUUGUGACAGUGUACAGACCCUGACUGUUGCUUUGUGCACUUUCUUUACAACAACAAAAAAAAAAAAUCUAUAACUCAACUCCAUCUGUUUUUGUAUAUAUUUUUCUCUCUGUGAGAAAAUCUGAAGCCAGGGUUGCCUAUAUAUAUAUAUUAUUAUUAUUAUUAUUUCUUUUUUUUUUUUUUUUUUAAGGCGACACGUCUCGUGUGGUCGGAGUCUUAAUGAAUGUUGAUGUUGUUUAACUGUCUCACGUUGGGGUUCAUGUGUCCGUCUGUCUGUGUAGAUAUGUGUCGGGAGUGUACAUUGGGGGGAGGCCGUGGACAAUCACUAAUCAUCAAUCACUAAAAAAAAAAAAAAAACAACAAAAAAAAAAAAGAUAUACAACAUUCCAGAUGCCACACGCGUAACCACGUAUUGGGAGGCAGAGAUCAUUAAAGAGGAAACAUCGAUCUGAAAUUAAAAAGGUGUGCCACACUACUGAUUCCCACACUUCAAUCAGGACAUGUUCACAUGACGAGAAGGACGAGCAGCCGCUCGGUGCAAACGUGUUUUUAACAGCCUCAUUUUUAACAGUAACUUACCGUAUUUGUUCAGCUAAUUCUUAUCAUAACUAUGAGUCUCACGCAUUUAGGCUGUUCCCUCCUUUAGUGUAGGUUCAAAGUGGGUACAUUACUUGCAGACAUGAUGAUUUUUCUGUGGUUUACACAGUAGCAACGUUUGAACAUUUAGCGCUGGGGAUUUUUCCUCAGAAAAAAAAAACAC